AUGCGGGGAAGGGAGGAGGAGAGCGUCUAUGCGCUCGGCAGCAGUGGCGCGCCGCUCAUGGCGGGCGGGCCGCGCAUUGCACAGUACCGCGUCGCUGCAGCGGGCCAAAAGGUCAAGAUGCACGUAGACAGCUCACAGGUCUCCGGGUGCCUCAACCCCGUGCGGGGCGUGCGCGACGCGCAGGCGCGCGCGGGCAUCAAGCCCACCGACCACGCGCGGCAGAACCUCCUGGCUGUGAAGGAGCGCAGCCGGCUCAACGCGCUGAGGCGGCUGUCGCAGGAUGAGCAGCAGCAAGCGGACGUGCCACCGCGCCGCCCCGCGCCCCAAGGCACGGUUGCCGGCCGCAGCGGCGGCAGCGGCGGCAGCGGCGGCGUGCAGCGGGAGCGCAGCGGCAGCAGCGGCGGCGGCGGCGGCUGCGUCGCGCGAGACUUCCUGGAGGAGAACAGGGUGACGGCGGCGGCUGCGCGGCACCCCACCAAGGCCGUCUCCAAGGCUGAGGGCGCGCGCUCCUACACAGCCAAGCGGGAGUAUGGGCAGGUGACCGGGGGCCGGGGCGGCGCGGGGAGGGGGGCGGCGGCGCCCUGCCUGGUCCCGGCCUACCUGGUGGAGCGCAAGCUGCAGAUGGCGGAGGAGCGCCGCGCACUGGAGGCCGCCAGAGAGGCCGCCAAGGUCCCACCCGGCAUGCGCAUAAUGCCCGAGGAGGAGCGCGCCGAGACUCUGGCUCUGCUGGAGCGCAACAAGGCGGAGGUGGAGGGGGCGCUGUCUGCGCUGCCCAUUGUGGUGGAGACGCUCGGCACGCGGCGGCGCAAGGAUGAUCUGGAGCGGCGGCUGGCCGAGAUAGAGGAAGCGCGGCGCGUGUUCAGCCGGAAGGUUGUGAUGGUGCGGCUGUGA